UGUACGUGAGGUCCAGUUCCCAAUCGUUUCAGACAUACGCCGGGGGUAAACUCGAUGCGAACGACUGCGGAGGUCCUGUGGAUCACUCGCUACUGUUUGUGGGAUAUGGCGUGGAAAAUGGUACCCAAUAUUGGAUCGCUAGGAAUAGUUGGGGCACUCAGUGGGGUGAGAAUGGCUAUAUGCGUAUAGUAAGGGGUAAAACUAUGUGCGGUGUUGGUGAUGGUGGUUAUGUGGCUGUAAGCGAGAAAUA